CACCACAUUCACUUCACUAUCUUUAGGUAAUGACUAUGUCCUUCAUUUGUCUCUUUCUCAAACCUUCUCCACCUUCUCUUUUCUAUAAUACUCUUCCCUCUUACACCACAUUCCUCAUAUUCACCCCAAUAACAAUUCAUACUCCACCAUGGAAUUCAGCUGCCCAGAAGAUUCCAAAACCUCCAGCGACGAAAUCGAUCGCUCAGCAGCGGAGCAGAAUGAUGACAUGGGCACUGGCAGAUCCUACGAGUGUGUCUUUUGUAAGAGAGGCUUCACCACUGCACAGGCUUUGGGUGGACACAUGAACAUACACAGAAAAGAUAGGGCCAACAGGACCAAACCUUCCACUUCAACCAAGCUUGAUGACACCAAUACCUAUGCAGAUCUCGGGUUAUACUCGGCCUCAAAUCCCAGCUAUCUUUCAAGAGGGACUUACUAUUCCACUCUUCCUGAUUCAGAGGUAGACCUCAAUUACAACUACUACCAUCACUUAUAUUUUCCCUCACACGCUUCUGCUGCCAAAUCACCUUCACAUGUACAAUACAGUGAGGUUUUCUGUGUUGAGAACCAAAGGGAUCCUCACCUUCUGUUUGGACAAGAUUGGAGACAAAAGGGUUUGACUUUCUACACCAAUCCCUUAUGUGUACAUGGAAAUAAAGACAAGAUAGAAAACAACACUGAAGAGGACGAUCUGGAUUUGGAGCUUAGACUUGGUCAUCAUCCUUAACAUAAUAUAUACAUAACUAUGGGAAUUAUAAGGUAUGGCUUUUGGGCCUAUAUAUAUAUAUAUAUGUGUGUGUGUUUGUGUGUGUUUAUGGCGUGCAAUUGUAUAGAAAGAUGGGUUGGAAGUUGGAAGAAGAAAGAAGAAAGAAGCAAGAUUUCUAGCAUGAAGGUGGUUAUCGGAUUUCUGAUGAGGGAAGGUACUCAAGAUUUACGUUUUCAAUGUCUAGAGAAGAAAGUAUAUAUAUAUAUCUAGGGUUCUAUCAGAAGCUCUUAACUAUGUGAAUGUUUUUCUGCUACUGUUUAAUUUACUUAAUUCACGUAUGCAUAUCUACAUGCCUGUCGCAAGGGAAAUUAGGUUAUAUGCGUGGGCUUUUUUUAAUUUUUAGGGAAAUAAAAGUCUCUAUCUCUAUGCA